AUGGCUCGCCUACUCCCCUCAGACAGGAAAUCCAUCGUUCAGUAUGCCUUGACGGCACUGCUCCUUCAGUCUACAUCCGCCUCUCAGAUACAACACAGAGCGCCACAGGUCACAGUUGCUCCCAGCGCGACCACUGCUCCAGCGGCCGUUCCCACCGCCAUCUCAGGCUGUCACUUGCAUGAUAAUGAAGUAUUCUGCCUCGCUGGUGAUACGGAGUACUCUGUUCACACUACAGCCACUGCUACCUCCGAGCUUCCUGCUCAGUUCACAGGAUGUCACUCUCACGACGAUGCACUAUUCUGUGUAGCGCCAAGUGGAGAUAAUGUGGAGAUCUCACUAGUAGCCGAGGAAUCCGAAGAAGGUCAUGAUGAUCACGACCAUGAUGAUCACGACCAUGAUGAAGGUGAAGCGACGUCCUCUACCAGCGAAAAGAAAUGCCACUUCCACGCUGGCGUCGAACACUGCACUGGUGGCGAUGAGCAUGAGGACGAGAGCUCAACAUGCGAUAGACAGGACCGGGACUACAACAUCCGUCUCAGAGUCGGUCUCUUGUUCGCCAUGUUGGCAACCAGCUCUAUCGGUGUCUUCGGUCCCAUUCUGCUCUCCAGCUUCGUCUCGCCAAACAAUGUCUUCAUCACCAUCCUCAGACAGUUCGGCACCGGUGUCGUUAUCUCGACUGCCUUCAUCCAUCUCUUUACUCACGCUCAGCUUAUGUUUGCCAGCGAAUGUCUGGGGGAGCUUAGUUACGAAGGGACAGCAGGUGCCAUCGCUAUGGCGGGCAUCUUCAUUUCGUUCCUUGCAGAGUAUUUCGGCGUUCGUGUCUUGCAGUGGCAUGCCGCCAAGACGGAAGCACGCAACAUCGAGAACGGUGGAGAGAAGGAAGACGCGGCCCAGAGGACCGAGAUGGUCAACAUCAUGGUCUUGGAGUGCGGCGUCAUCUUCCAUUCUAUUCUAAUCGGCAUUACCCUGGUUGUUGCUGGCGACACCUUCUUCCUCACUCUUUUUGCAGUAAUCGUAUUCCAUCAAAUGUUUGAGGGCAUUGCCCUUGGCUCCCGCAUCGCAGCUCUUGGAACUCUUCCCCCUAUCAACGCGGCCUCCUCGGUCCACAGCCAUUCGCACCACGGUCACAGCCACCACGGACACAGUCACAGUCACGCCCAGGAGGUUAAGCGCCCAAGCCUGCCUACCGAGCCCCACUCACCAACCUGCACCGAUAAUGGAAUGGUCUCUGAAGACGAGUCAGUGGGAGUCACCGUCAUCAAGCCUGUCUCGCUCAAGAAGAAGCUCCUUCUUGCUUCCGGUUUCGCUUUGGUCACCCCUAUCGGCAUGGCCAUCGGCAUCGGUGUGCUCAAGCAGUUCAACGGCAACGACCCUUCGACUAUCAUUGCUAUCGGCACCCUCGAUGCCGUUUCUUCUGGCAUCCUUAUGUGGGUUGGCAUCGUCGAAAUGUGGGCUCAUGACUGGAUGUUGGGCGGCGAGAUGACCACCUCCGGCCCUCUUCGGACACUUGCUGGUCUUACUUCUCUUAUUGCGGGUCUGGCCGUGAUGAGUUUGCUUGGAAAGUGGGCUUGA